CUGAGUUUAUCCGGCCAGACCAUAAUUUAUGGACGACCGUAGAGCGGCACUAAAGUGACUUUGAGGAUGUCCACUUACUAACUCAGACUAAAUAAGGGUUAUAUAGCAAUAGCAGGAAUCCGAAUUAUGAUUCACAGUUGAUAGUUGGGCUCGAGAACUACAAUUAGGGUUUUCAUCACGAACAGACAUCAGCUGAAAUACCAACACACUUUUUAGUCGAAAAGAUAAAUUCUGCACCAAAAUCUUAGACUUUUCAUCUCAUAUGUGAUUGGUUUGUAAAUAAAUCGUAGUCUCGUCGCUUAGUGUUUAUUCAGAUUAAGUAAUAAGUGUAUUACACUCGUGGAACUCUCUUAAUAUUUGCAGCUUUUUUUCCAGUGAAGGUUCAUCUUCUUAAAAAUUUCCACUGAUGGAGCUGAUACCACUGCUUUGUGCAGGACAUUCUAGUCAUUGAUCGCUCCCUUAAAAUAUCAGAACUCCACUCUGAUUUUACUAGUAUUGUUUAUUUGGUGAUUUUUAAAAAAUAGAGUUUUCUGACCGCCUUGAGAAGCAAUGUUAACAUUUUUGAGAUGCCUCUGCAUCUAAAUGUAGUAUGUUGCUUCAGGACUGUCUGUUUCAACUCCUGAACUAAUGAUAGAAAGUGAAGUAGUUGAGUGUAGUAACAAUUUCAGUUAUCUUGGAAAUCUUCUGAACGGAAGGUAAAUGAUAGACCCAUCUUUUUUAAAGCUCUAAACGCUGUUUUUUACUGCCUGUUUUGUUUGAUGAGUUGGAAUAGUUGUCUAGUGUUACCCAUCUGGACUAACUUUUCCAUCUAAUAUGUUUUCGCUGCCGACCACUGCUCACGAUCAUUGAGAAAAGUUUUUAUUUCACCUUUGAGUUCUCGUUGUUCUUCAAACUUACCGGAUGGUUCUUCGAUUACCUAUCAAUUCGGUGGGUAUCACCAAAAUCCACUUUUCUAACAUUUUGAUUUAAGUUGUUAGUAGGUGUCACUGCCAUAUAUACAGCUGUUUAGACAUUAUUAAAAGCUUCAUCAGGUUGACCUGUUUCUCUGCGAUCAAUUAGCUGCCUAGUUAAUUUUUGUCUAAAUCCAUCCUUGGAGUUUGGAUUUAAAGGAACUAAAAUUCCAUGUCACAUUUGCCAGUACUGGUGAAGUGGAGGAUGUUUUGGCAGCAAACUGUCUGCUCGAAUUUGAGGGCGCAGUCUAAAUACUGCCAGACGUACUGUACACGUAGUUCAGUUUAUUUACAAACGUUAAGAUGUUCUUUCGCCCUGUGAUUCCGCUACAAAAAAUCAUCCAACUGGUCUAGAAGGGCAGGCCUACUAGACCUAGGUUAAUGGAGGUUACCUUCUCUUCAUCACAAAUGAUAGCUGCCACUCGAAGCGUUCCACAUAGACAUACCAGAUACCACCUGUAAUCCACAUGUAUCCGUAUAGGACCUCGCUCAGCAGAAGGAAUAAAUCAUGUUACGGGCGGACUAUGAAGAACCAAUAAAUGUCAAAGGACCAUAGUCCACUUAAUCGCAAAGACUUGAGUAGGUAGGCUUUCGGUUGGUUGGUCAUCGCCCCCCCUAUUUCGUAUUAUUGAUGAUAAUACAUUCACCUCGUCAUUCUAUUACAAUAAACUAUUCCAAUUUUAUUUUGUAUAGGUGCUUGCAAAGUCACAUAUUUCUAUAUGGCAGCAUCAAAAUGGAUUAGGCAAUUAAACUUAUUUUUGGAAUGGACAGGUCAUGGUGUACUAUGGAUAGGAUUUGUUUUAAUUUGGCUUAUUACAUUGUUAGUUGAUAAUGCACAUGGCAUUAAGUCCUAUUCAUCUUUGGAAACAAUAUGGAAUUGGAAAAAUCCUUCUAUUGAACAACAGUCUAACAUUGUAGUCAACAGAAAUAUUGCAAAACCAUUCUGCUUACUUAUUGCUUUAUUAUUCGAUGCAAUAAUGGUCGGCUUAAUUAAAUUUAUAUUUCGACGUCAAAGACCUAAAGAAAAUAAUGAUUCAGAUAUGUUAUUCACUGUUAGUAUUGAUGCUUGGUCAUUCCCUUCUGGUCAUGCUAGCCGAUCAACAAUGUUAUUCUUUUUAAUUUCUCAUCUUUGGUUGUCUACAUCUACAUUAUGGUUAAUAUUAUUAUUAUUUUGGAAUUUAAUUAUAUGUUAUUCACGUUAUGCAAUGCAUCGUCAUCAUUUCAUUGAUAUUCUAGCCGGUUAUACAUUAGGUUAUAUAGAAUAUUGGUUAAUUAUACAAUUGAAUUAUGAAUAG